AUGCCUUCUAUGUUCCAAAUGGCUAAAUUGGCUACCGAUCAUCAAGUAAAAUUGAUGAUUGAUAAUGUAAAUAAUGAAUUUCAAAAUGCUGGAAUAACAAUUGAUGCGGAAACCACACAAAAAUAUACGACAAUGAUGCCUAUGUCUUAUCCCAUUCCUGAAAGAGAAGGUAAUAGCAAUAAUGGGAGCAGAAUUAGUAGUAGUAAUAGCGUUUCUUCAUCAGAUACUUUGCCUCCAAAAACUUUUAAUUUAUCUGGAUCCAUCAUUACAAAAUCAUCAAAAAAAUCAAAAAUAAAAGAGACUCUAAAAUCAAUACUUGAUCAAUCGUCACAACCUACGUCUCAGUCAAUAAAUUCGAUCAAACAUUUAAGAUCUAAUGUCAAAAAUUCAAAAAUAAAAGAAACUUUAAAAUCAAUACUUGAUCAAUCGCCACAACCUACUUCUCAAUCAAUAAACCAAAUCGAACAUUUAAGGUCUAAUGUCAAAAAAUCAAAAAUAAAAGAAACUUUAAAAUCAAUACUCGAUCAAUCACCACAACCUAAUUUUCAAUCAAUAAAGCCAAUCGAACAUUUGAGAUCUAAUGUCAAUGCUAGUGCCGAUUCUACAGAAAUUAUUCCCAAGACUAUUAUUAAUCACAUUCAAGUUACUGACACUAACAUUAAACCUGUCAUCAAUGCUCCUUCUACCAUACCUGACACUAUUACAUCUACAUCUGCAAAAAAAUCAAUGAGAAUUAGAAGGAGAAUUGCAGCUACAACAAAUGCAAAGCAAAAAAUAAAAUCCUCAAGAAAAUCUAAAAAAUCUAUUGGAUCAGCAAACGGAAAGUUUCAUGAACUUUUUAGUGGAAUUACUAAAUUUAAUGCUAAAUAUGGACCUUUUGAUCUAUUGUUAUGUGUCGGUGAUCUUUUCGGUGAAAACACGGACGAAAUAGAUUCUUUGCUGGACGGUAGUAUUAAGGUUCCGAUUACCACUUAUUUCAUGUAUGGUCAGCAUGAAUUGCCAAAGGUAGUCAAAGAACGGGUUGAAAAUAACAAUGGAGAAUUGUGUCAAAGCCUUUUUUACCUUGGUGAAAAGGGUAGUAUAAACACAACAGAAGGUGUGAAAAUUGCAUUUGUUAGCGGGCCAUUAGGGAGUUUGAUAAGCAAUCUACCCAAAGAAGCUGAUAUACUGCUUACUUAUGAAUGGCCUAAAUCAAUUACACGACAUUCUCCGAAGAGUGUAAAUGUUCCUCUUGAUAGUUGUGGAUCAGAAUUUGUAGAUCAUAUAGCUGCUACUGUAAAACCAAGGUACCAUUUUGCAGCAUCUGCAAAUACCUUUUUUCAGCGAGAACCUUAUCAGAAUCCUCUAUCACCUUCACAAAUAAGCGUUGACGAUGAUACACAACAAAAAUUUGGUACACCUACUUGGUUUGUAGGGAUAGCAGAUGUUGGCAAUUCUAAAAAGGAAAAGUGGUAUUUUGGAUUUAAUAUUGUACCCUUUGUACAUUUGCCGGCAGCUUCAUUAACGUUACCUCCAGAUAAAAUGACUCAAUCACCUUAUGUCAACAAGUCAGAUAAAAAAAGAGGUUAUAAUGAUGGAUUUGGGGAUAAUAAUUAUUUUUGGAAUGCGGGUGAUUCAUCAGGACCAUCAAAAAAACGUGGCAAACAAAAUCCACAAGGACCACCGCCUGAGAAUUACAUAUGUAACAGAUGUAACGUGCCAGGUCAUUGGGUCCAUGAUUGCCCAGAAAAAAAAAAAGCUUGUGCUAAAUGUCGAGAAACAGGGCAUCAUGCGAAAGAUUGCCCUCAGAAAUCAUCUGCAUCAAAAACAGAAGCAACAACAGCUGAAGGAGAAGAUUUAAAGCCUAAGAAACCACCUAAAGUUUAUGUAUGCAAGAGAUGUAAUGCAAAAGGAGCUCAUUUUUUUAUUGAUUGUCCUGAUUAUACUUGUAAAUUAUGUGGUAAAAAAGGUCAUACGCCAAAAGAUUGUUCAGUGUAUAAAAGGAAACCCCAAAAUCCAAGUCCGUGUUGGUUUUGUCUAUCCAAUCCUAAAACGGUCAAACAUUUGAUAUUGUCUGUUGGAAAUUUGUUAUAUUUAUCCUUGGCUAAAGGAUCUUUAAUAGACACACAAAAUCCUAAAAAGGCAACAGUACCAGGAGGUGGACAUGUAUUAAUUAUUGCAAUUGAUCAUUAUUCCACAUUUCGGGAUAUUCCAGUUGAAGAACAGGUUGACUUAGUUGAUGAAUUAGAAAGAUACAAAAGUGCAUUGAGAAAUUUAUAUAGUGAAUAUAAAGCAGGAAUGGUAUUAUUUGAAACAUCCAGUGCGAAUAAUAAUAAACAACAGCAUUGUCAUAUUCAAGUAGUUCCAGUACCAAAUAAAUAUGGCUCAAAUAUCAUCAAGCAAGCAUUUGAUAAUGAGGCAACAACUGUUGGUUUCAAAUUUCAACAACAAACGCAAUCUUCUUCUUCGCCAUUGCCACCGCAUUAUUUCAAAGUAGAUUUUCCUGAUGGUACAAGUUAUAUACAUGAAAUUGGUGCUAAUGAAAAAUUUGAUGUUCAAUUUGGAAGGAAAGCACUUGCUAAGCUUUUAAAUUGUACAGAUCGUGUCGAUUGGAGAGCAUGUGAAGUGCCUGAAGAUGUUGAACGUGCAGAUUCUGAAAAAUUUAGAGAUUCAUUUAGACCAUUUGAUCCAUCA